GUUGUCAGAAAGAUGGCGUCCCGGUGCAGCCUCUCCACUUUAUUUCCUCUCCAAAGUCAGCUGGAUUUGGAUCUAGAAGAAGCCUCAUCGCAACAAGAUAAAGAAAACCUUGUAAACGAAUAUCUUACAAAAGUAGACGAGGGGAAGGAACUGAAGAUACCUGAUUUCCAGACAGGUUAGCCCUAUCAGAAGCUCUGGUUUGCUCAGUCCUAUGGUUAACUCUCCACAGUAGUUAAACAGUUAAACUGAAGUUUGCCCACUCUCCUUGUCCAGACAUGUCCAGACCAGCUCCGAAAUGCACGAAUACUUAAGUGUUGGACUUAUUUUCACUGUCGGCACUCAGUUACAAUAUAUUUACAGUUACAGCUAUAUUUCUGAAUGUUUUUUAUCUGUAUUUUGUGAGGGAGUUGCAGGGGUGUCCAGGGGAUGGGCAGUAUUACUAUAUCUCCCACCCUAAAUCAGAUUUGACACCUAUGGUGCCGCCUGAGCUGCGAGUCCUUUCAGGGGCGGGGCUAUUAAUUGAUAAUAAUUAAGUAUUAAUCAGCAAAACGGACUGUGCUGCAACAGGCUAUUUUUUUGGUAAUUGCAAUGUCAGAAAAUCGUUUGCCCUAUCAAAUAAAAAAUAGGAUAUAUUUGCACAUUAGCUUUGUUUCAUUACCUUUAAAACUUUUUAUGUUAACAAAUGUACUGUAGAUAUCAAAUUUAUGGUGACAGAUAGGCAAUAAGUGCAGUCAUUUGGAGCGUCUAUGCACGCACAAAUCUUAGUUCAUACCAUAGACUAUAUAUAAAAUGGACAUCGUCUACCUCCUCUCUGGGUGAAGCCACUCCGAGAACAGCACCCUCUGGUGACGGGCUGCAGUACAGGUCAUAAAUCCCACCUCCUUUAGCCAUCUUUAUGGAGCUGUGGACGAACUUAAGAAAUGAAUUACACAGAAUAUACAUUUUUCUCCCCCCUGCUUGCAAUGUUGACAUGUAGUUACAGUAAGACUGGUUUGUGCUCAAGUCCUUAUUUUCUGUGCAGCUCCAUUUUAAAAAGUUAUUAGGAGGUUCAUGUUUUCAUUAUUGACACUUGAUACAGCCUGUGGGCGUACGAAGAUUGCAUAGCUCAUGCAGGGGAUACGCUGUUUGAGCCAAGCAUCAUCACAGCGACUCUCCCGCCGAAUAUGCACAAUGUUACUGCGCAAGUGGUGGAGUGCGUACAACACUACUGCGCAAUGUUGGUUUCAGCAAAUGGAGAAAAAUACGUGGAAAUACCGAAAGCUUUUCGGCUUCAAAUCCAUAUACUGGCGGAAGGCGGAACCAAGUUGUCCAGAGUAUAUACAGUCUAUGGUUCAUACAAUUACUUGCAUUCAUGAGCACUGUAUUUGUACCACUUCAUCAAAAGUAGACAUGCUCUUUUUAGGUCAGCCAACAAACAGGGUACUUUCACCCAGCAUUAUUGAUAGUAAAGACUCCCCCUGAAUUCUUAUUUCUCAUCAAGAUGAGAGCCACUUUUUCUGAACAUCAUUGUUUUUAAAUUGCAUUGUUUCCUGAUCUGAAAUGUGUUGAAACUGUGUAACAGCUCAGCAUGUGAGUGGUUUUUGCCUAACACCCUCUAUCCAGGUCAUUGGCUACUUUAGUUUCUAUUUUUAAGUUUUAAGUAUUACCUGAAAGCUACCUUGUUCCCAGUGUUUGAUUCAUAUCAAAUGUUGGUAAGAAGCUUGUUUUUGCCCAGAAUUUAGUUGAAAACUUCAGGUGUGUUCUGUAGUUUUUGUAACAGUACUAAAUAUUAUGCAUCUGGUUGGCCCACAAAAAGUAGUACGUAAUAUCUGUUACUCACAGAGUUGCCUAAAGCCAAAUCAGAGAGAGACUGUGUCUCUGGUGUUUAUAGUUAGGUCCUUUGUUGAAUUAUGCAGCAUGUUGGUAAUAUCCCUUUGCACCAGUAGAUGGGGAUCUACAGUAGAACAAUACACACCAGAACAAACAAGGCUUUGUGGAUCAGUAAAGGGCCCAAACUAAUCCUACUGACAAUUUUUAGACAACACAUCAGACACAAAACGUGUAUUUUUGGGGUCCAUUUUAAAUGUUAUUUAAAAAAAGUAAGUUAAACAAGUUCCCCAAGAUUUUUGCUCAUGCAUGACAAACAAUAACUGACACAAUCUGCAGUCUGAGGGAUAACUGACAAAGACAGCAAUCAAGAUCUAAAGAUAAUAAUUUAUGGUUUUAAACACUCCUGAAGCUAUGACUUUUCCACAGUCUUUUCCUCGGUCCUGCAACUCUUCAACUAUUUGACAUGAAAGCAUAAUCAGGCCAGAUAGAUAUAUUCAUAAAGUGAUGGGCACUGUAAAGAGUUUGGCUCCACCGUGACUAAACAUUCAUUAAUAGGAUGACAGCAUCAUUUUCCACUCUGUGAUUUGCUCCAGGCUUGGAAUGGCUGAACACGGAGGGGCCUCUGUCUCUGAAUAAGGAGCUGGCUGGGAAAGUGGUACUUCUGGAUUUCUUCACUUACUGCUGCAUCAACUGCAUGCACAUCUUACCUGACCUGCACCAGCUGGAGAAGAAGCACUCUGUCAAAGGUUUGGAUUUACACUGGCUUCAAGGCAGCAGUCAACAGGGCUGUCAUGACCUGAAAGGUGCUGAGGGAUUAAACAGAGGUGUAGGUUAUGGCAAUGGAAAGAUAACCAUUUUUUUUUUUACCUGCAAUUGGGAAGUAGUUCCCAAGUAGACUUGUCACCUUUCCAUCACCAUAAACAAGCAGAAACAAAGCCCACAUUAAAUUAGGGAUCACUCUUUACAUUAAAUGAAUUGCAAUGGUCAGAAACUUGGCAUCCACGUGAAAUCUGCUGUUGCAAAGCACCUGCCUCCACCUCACAAGGCAAGGUUAGAUGAGGUGGGAUCAAUCCAAGACAUUUGGCAGCAGAGAAAACAGGCUCACCUCAUGUUUUUCAUCAGUCUAUUUUGGUUUGUCAGGUCCUCAGAUCUGCACAUUUUUAAAGAGACAGAAGCUAAAACAAAGCGUUUCAGACAGAGGCUGAAUUUGAAGACACCAGUGAAAACAAGGCUGUUUUUGAUCUGAAAAUCAUGUAAAGCUAUUAAAGAGGUAAGACAGGAAAUAAAGAAUACCCCCUCUCUUUAGGAUAUUUUAAAUUGGCUCUAAAUUGAUUUUAGUUAUCAAAGUUUAUCGAGGAGUCUUUGGUGAAACCCUUCCAAUUUUCAAGGUCCUGACCUUGGGUUCAUCAAGUCCUUCAUGCUGACUGCUUAAUAAGGUAGAGUGACGUGGCUCCAGUUUCUCUGGUAUUUGUUCAAUUGGGAGCCAUAGGGAGAUUCCCAACCAGCCCAUCAGCUGUUAUCAAGCUGUUUAGUGCAGGUGAUGAUUUCUAAAAGGAGAAAUCCCAACAAUGUGGGCAAGAGACACUUAUUUAACCCAGAUAAUGUCUUUUUGAAUUUGCUAGGUGUUGAGGUUUGGCCUUUCCUUUCUUCCUUAUCCUUAAAACCACAGUAUAAGCAGCAUGUUGGCAUGGCAACACAUCACUGUCAGCCUGGAAUACUUCAUCUUCAGGUAGACCUGGAUUUUGCUUCUUCUGUAGACAUCAGUUAGAGCGAAGAAAUUGUCAGAAAAAGUCUAUAACUCUGUCUGAUACCAGGUGAAUAAAUCACAUCAGGUAAUGCCCCUUCUGUCAGAAUAAGUUAAAGGUAGUCUUGAUUGGGAAAGGAGCUUGUUUCCCAGGUUGCUAUUGGCAGCUCUCCUCCAAGUUUUACUACAGCUAUUUGAGUCUUUAGACUACAGGAAGGAACAUUAAAUAGAAAUGAGAAAAACAAAAGAUAUGCCAGUGCAAUUUAUCAUGUCUUUUAUUUUAAAUCUUGUCUUUUUGUUUUUAUGACAUACAAAGCGAACAAGACCAUCAGUGACAAGACUGAAGAUUUUUAUGUCUUAAUGUUUAAAGUUAGAAACCAGUGUAAGGGGGUUGGGUGGCAGCCAAGCAGCUGAAGAAAGAGCCUGAUUUUACCAUUUCCUCCUAAAUUAUUCACAAUUAAUAAUACAUUUGACUGUCAAAAGUCAGCAGGAUAAGAUUUUUUUUUAGGUGAUACUGUUAAAGUGUGUAGAGGAUAAAAAAAGCAACACUGUCUUGUCCACAGGAAGCACAAAAAACUGGCACAAACCAAAAUUUGCCCACAGAAGCUUUAAGCUUUUGUUAGCAACAGGUGGCACAAUUAUCUAGGCCAGCCAACAAGUCCAAAAGCAAGAUUAUAAGUCAAGACUACGUGUCCAUUCAGUCUUUGAAGAGUCAGCAGCCUGGCAGAUCUUACCAGGGGAACACCUUUUCUAAAAUAUUGUAUUUCCUGCCAUGCUGCAUCAGAGUUCGCUGGGGUAGAGAAGCUGUUGUACGUCAACUCUCCUUCUCUCCAUUUUGGUUUCCAAGACAAAGAGGGCUCUUAUCUGAGCUGUGAGGAGACAGAGACUAAAUAUAUUUCCAAGCUGCAGAGUCACGGGGUCCAUAAUUGUCCCUGGCUGUACCGUCACUGUACAGCUCUUUAUAUAACUUCUCCAUGUAGAGCAUAAUCACAUCCGACUGACUCUGGCAUCCUGCUGACCCGUUGGAGGGGAUCAUCUGAGGAAGCUGUAUGGCUGUAAAUUAUGUUGCAAGCAAGGCAGGACGGAGAACACACACUUAGGCCACAGUGCCACCGUACAUUAUCUCACUCCCCUUAUCUUUGGCACUGCUGUGGGUACAUUCUGUUUGCUGCUCUGGUCAGUGAGGUGUGGGAGCCACCCCGUCCAGUCACUCCCACAGUCCACCGCCUACCCACCCAUCGUCACCGCAAUCUGCCAGUACUGUAAGGCUUGGCAGAGGCCACAGGUGACGAAACCCACCGCAGACAAUAUGAGUCUGAAGGCUUGGGAUUGUGCUUUUAAACAUAUGUUGAAGGACGGCUUGAUGAUUUGAGUGAAUGUGAAGGCAAUUUUAUUGAGGAUGAAGAGCUUUUGUUUGUUGCUACGGGAAACAGCCUUUGGUGUUGAGUGCCAAAAAAAGCUUGAUAAAAAGAUAAAAGAUGAAAAAGGCUUUGUAAAAAGCAAUAAAGUGACUUAGAGUGCACUCUGUUUGUAAAAUAAACUUAGUUUAAAUAGUUUUUCAUGACUGCAUAACCCCUUCUGCUUAUUUAAGGCCAGCAGUAGCUGUAAGCUCAACAUUAACAUCUUUGAGAGUAUAAAAGACAACGUUCUAAAGCAAAAGCUUUAUUCAACAAAAUAGUUAUCUAAUAAAGACUUUUUCAGUAUUGUUUUUUGCAUUUAAUCAUCCAAAAAGUACUAUUAAGAAAACUAAUAAAUGACUGAAGUCAGGAAUCAGCUCAGUUUCUUGUCGUUUUAGGAGUUACUGUGUCAUGUUCUUGUGUCUUGGUGAAUUUAAUGCCCUUGUUUUCCUGCUCUGCUUGCACUUUCACACUUCAAUAGUGUGUAAUGAUUAUCCCCUCUCAGUUAUGGGGCGAGCAGCUUGAAGGAUGCAUCAGUACCUCCCUUCACUUCAGUAACAAUGACUUGAUUUUCAUAAUUAUUAUUGUGACUCUGGGUCGUACAUUUUGUGAAUUGUUCCUGCUGUGCAGCUCUGUCUCCUCCCCUGCAGAGUGUGGGUGUUUCUGUGAGAGCACUGCCCCCUACAUCCUCUCUGAGCACUUCUCCUCCAUUUGUGCAUUCAUAUGAAGAGAGUCGGCCACACUGAGUGUCAUCCAGAACCUCUGUGUGUGGAGUGAGAGUGCGCUGAUAAACCCCCCAACAGCGAGUCUGCACUGAUGCUGGCUAUCUGACCUGGUGUAACAAGAGAGACGGCCCUGUGAAUAAGGAUUCAUGUGUUUGACCUGCACAGACAGAAGCUACUUUUAUCAUGACCAAAAUGAUGCAAUCACACAGACAUACAAAUCGAUAAGUUUAGAAUAUAAUCAGGAUGUAAUUAACCCCCUUUCCAUUCUUAAAAAGUGCACGUUUCUUUUAUUAUAAAGUGUUUUAUUUUUUAAAAGUUUAGAUUAUUUACACCAUAUUUAAAAUGAAAAGAUGUCUAGUCAGCUGAAUGGUAUUUAAUUUGUGAACAACUUAGGUUGUGUGUGACCUGUAACCAUGUUUACACUAAGUUCCUGUUAGUUUUAGAUCUGACCUCUUCCACUUCUUACAUUAUAUCAUAAUAUCAUAUAUUUUAUCCCAGGCUGCAAAUCUAGGCCAUUUCUUGGCCUUUUUAAGUCAUCAUGAUCUGUACUAAGGCUUACUCUUUAUCUAAUGAUGCAGAUUGCUGUCUUUUCCUGUUCAGAUUGGCAAUUAUUAGCUUAUAAACUCCCAUUUAUGCUCAUUAUUACUAUAACCACUUUCCUAUGUUGCACACUCCUAUUGUACACAGCUCUCCUCUCUUCAUCUAUGGCCCUAUACAGGUUAUAUGUCCCCUACUUAACACAUUUUGUGUGAUCCACAUCUUGUUUGCACUCCCAAACUUUGUAACGCAUCAAUCUGAGCUCCUGAUAAUCAGGUAGUGCUGCAGCCUCAUGGCCCCUUAACUGGGAAACCGCCCAGUAUGCAAGGUUGCCAGUCCAGCACUGGAAACUAUGUGUCUCUCUUUACUUUUCCCUCUCGAAACAAGAGGCAAAAACCUUUUGAGGUAGGGGCAGAGCACACACUCUACUGUGAAAGAAGGAAAGGGACCGCCUACGAGACAGAACAAGUGCAGCAUGGCACAUGGCAUGAUCAAGACCAUGGCAUGGUUAAAGAGACUGCAGAACUCUCUGGAUUAUCUUGUUUCUCUGAUUGCAGGAAGCCAAAAUCCUUAUUGAUUAGGAUUAAAAUCCAAUCAUUUGUCAGGGCCUUGCUGUCAUGUUGAUUGCCCAUAAUCCACAGAUGGUAAAACAGCCCAAACCUGUUCCUUUUGCACCACUGGUAUUGAGUUAAGGGGUUAUCUAUAAUCAAGCAUUAAGAUCUACUUUGAUUCGACUGGCAUGUGGGUUUGCAGUAGCUGUUGCUGAAGCUCCACCUUUUUGCUUGUUUCUAACUGGGCCAUUGGGAGAUGUCACUGAGACAACGCUCAUGUUUUGUGCAUUCAUUGUGUUUGAGAGGUGAUGGUAUGAAUACUGCUAUGCCAUGCAAAGCAUGUGUAUUAAUCAGGCAGAAAUCUUGCUGUUAAAGACUGAAGCCAGAGAAGGGUCAAAAAUUGUAGUUCCUUGAGUAUCCACUUGAGUCUGUCUCCAAAAGAUGAGAAACCCCAUAGGGCCCUGAGUUCAAAUAAAACAAAAAACUGAACAUGUACACUACAGGCCAAAGGUUUCAUAUAAUUUGCAACACAAUAAACGUGACUAUUGUGUACAGAGUAACUUAUCAGAAGACAUUUUGAUUAUAAUUAUUCGGUAUUUGAGUUAUUGUUGCUUAGAAUUUGCUUUCUUUAAAGUAACCUCCUCUGGGUUAAACAACAGCUUGGCAUAUACCAGGCAUUCAUUCCACAAGUUUUCUAAGGUAUGCUCCAGGGAUCGCAUUCCAAGCUUUCUUAAGUUCAUUAAAAAGAGACUGCUGAUUCGUGGGACGGGUUUUUCUGACCGAUCGAUCCAAUUCACCCCACACAAGCUCAACUGAGAAAGGUCUGGAGACUGAGGGGGCCAAACCAUCUUUUGAAGAACACCUUCCUCUUCCUUUUUGUCUAGGUUAUCCUGACAGAGCUUGGCAGAGUGCUUAGUGUCAUUGUCUUGCUGAAAAACAAACUUAUAACCCACAAGUCUGAGUCCAGAUGGAACAGCAUGGUGCUGGAGGAUGGAGUGGUACUGUCCCUUCUUCAUGAUACCCUUUACUUCAAACAAAUCUCCUACUCCAUCACCUGCAAAACAUCCCCAUACCAUGGAACUACCACCUCCAUGCUGAAUUGUGGGUGUAACACAUGGUGCUUUCAGACAUUCACCAGUUUGUCUGCGGACAUAGACUCUGCGUUUUGAAGCAAACAGUGCAAACUUGUUUCUAGUCAUCAUAAGUCCAAUUUUUGUGAGCUUUUGCCCACUCAUAUCUCUUUUUCUUGUUCUGUGGACGAAGUAGUGUUUUUUUGCAGAUACACAACCCUUCAGACCAGCCUUUCGCAAACGUCAUUUCACGGUUGUCAGAGAUAUGGGUUUCGACCUUGUCAUGUUGAUUUCCUUCCCUAUUUUUGGUGCUGUCUUUUGCCGAUCUCUCUUACUGGUGACACUGCUAUGUUUAUCCUCUGCUUUUGUAGUAACUCUCUUUCAUCCAGGUCUUUUUCUAUCAUCAUUACUUCCAGGUUCCUCUAGUCUCUUCAGAGUGUAGUGGACUCCUUUGCUAAGCACCUUUAGGCGUUUUGCAAUUUCUCUUUCUGUGAAUCCUUCUUUCCUCAAUGUACAAAUAUGUACUUCUGUUUCUUUACUCAGUUGCUUCUUUCUAGCUAUUUUUGCGGUGGUUUGAACGCAGUUGAGAUUUAUUAGGAUUUUUGUAUGCAGACUCUCAAAAGCCAAAAAGUUGAAGUGAAUAAUCCAACUGUUAGUUUUUUUGCUUUUGCACUGAAGUUGUGACUCUUGCAAAUGUUUUCAACCCUAAAACUAAGCCCUUAUUAUCUUUUGUUGACAUAUACUUAGCAAUGGUCUGUUAACAUCAAUAUAUCUAAAGGUAAAUGGAUUAAAAUGGUGCAUUUUCAUAAAAGCAGCAUCUGAUCAUGGAGUAAAUACAUCCCAAAAUACAUAAAACUCAUGCUGGAUUUUAAAAAAAGCAUUGUGAACAAAAACUUGAAGUUACUCCCAACUGUUCGGCCUGUAAUGGCCUUGCUUCGGAAUUUUUGACCUGUAGUGUACAUAUUUAAUUUAGUCUCUGUUUUUUACAUGUCCUUUUUUUUAGUUUUGAUUGACUGGACUUUUGUUUUUCCACACAAUAACAAAUUGAAAAGUCCGUUUGGUAUAAUUAAAACAUUAAAGCUAAAGGGUGGUUUUUUUUUUUGGAAAAGCUUGAUUGAUCAGAAUUUCUCUUCAGGUGCUGUCAUGAUUGAUUAUUUCACACUGAAAAUGUUACAUCUCAGUGAUUAAUUAUAAAGCUGUCAUUUUUGGCAUUUUCUUUAAUUUUUUUUUGCCCCACCUUGACUUUGUUUAUACAGAUCAUUUUAAAUUAAGCAACAUGAUAAAAUUGCAUAACUCAGUGUGUUUCAAUAAAUAGCACCAGACUGGAAGAGGAACAGGAAGUAAACUUUAUCAAGAUAUCUGCCAACACAAGAGAGUCUAUUUAAAAGAGCAGCUUCACAAACAUGUGUUUUUCCAGAGUUUGAACCCAUUCAGUUGUGCAACACUUGAACAUCAGUCGGCUUUUGUUAUAGUUCAUAAAUUCUGAAUGAUUAGUCUUACUGUCUGUUUAAUAAGCGUGGUGUCAGUGGUGUCUGGUGACUACUGAGAAAUAUUUGAGAUAAACAUUUAGGAGGCUCACCGCACUGGAACAUUUCCACCAACUUAUCAGAAUGACCAUCAUGGACUCUUGAGCUUUUUUAGUAGAAAGUCACAUUCAUUCCCUGUGCACUACAUGUGUGUGACUGUGUGUUAGGGGCAUGUGCGUGUCUUUGUGAACUUAUUGAUCUUUUUUAUGUAACUUGUUGACAGAAGUGAUUUAGAUGUAAGAGUUUUUCCCAUGACAUCUUGGUUGACACAAUUUGAUCUGUUUGUGGGUGUUUUCAGUUAAUGGUACACAUGUUUGUGGUGAAGAAAUAGGGACUGAUACUGAUACUAAUUAAGAUAUCAAUUAAGCCAGUUGUUGAAUCUGAUACCAAAGGUUUUUUGCUUUCUAAUUGUAAUUCCUUAUGCGUUUUUAUUCAUGAGUCAUAAACUGUCUGACUUUGCUCUUUCUCAGAGAGGGUAUAAUGAUACGGUAUGAUAUGAUACAAUACGAUAUGGUACGGUACAAUACGAUUUGAUAGGAUACAAUACAAUACACUUAAUGGUUCCCUCGGGGAAAUUUGUCUUGGACUCCCUCAGUGAUCCCUCACUCUGGACAUUUUCUUUCAUUUGUUUCUAUUAUUAUUAAAUUGAUCAGACAACAGACACACACUGAAUACCAUUAUUAUUUUCAAGGACUGAUGAACAUUAAGAGGACUGAUCUGGACCAGUACUAGUUGUUUCUGAAACCAGUAGACAGACUAGUUUUAAUGAGUCUUGAAUUUACUGAACUGUUAUAUUUUGUGGUUAAAUUUGUAUUUGUGUGUCUUUAUCUCUUUAUUCCUUCCUCAGACGGACUGGUUAUCAUCGGUGUACACUCAGCCAAGUUCCCCAAUGAAAAGGUCAGUGUUUGUACUAGUUUGUUAGUGUUGUAAUUGAGUUUUUUUUAUUAUUAUGAUUGCUUAAAAUCAACAUUUGGUUACAAUCUGUGGAAGGGCAGUUGAGUGUGAAGCAGUUCCAUCAUUCUUACAUAUGAUCCACUCCACCUUACAACCACUAGCAUUUACCUCCACUUUAACAGCUCUGUACCCGUAAGAAUUUUACAUUGUUUUCCUCAUUUAUAUUAAUUUUGAUCGGUAUCUAAAGUUACUGUUCUUUUCUUUCCAUUUUUACUGUUUCCUUGAAAAAACAAAAGCAGUUGAUUUUAUUGUAGUGCAAAUAUUAUUAAUUAAACACUCCUGGUUGUUUAUUUUUGGCAACACUCAAAGACCAACUAACAUUUAAAAAUAAAACUCUUUUCCAGCUGUUAUUCUUUUAUUUUAUUUUAUUUUUUUUGCUCUUUGUUUUUAAAGUCCACAUGAAUUGAAAUGUAUUUUAAUAGCUGACAGAGACUUUUUGAAGUUAAGUUUUGAGCUUUCAUGGGUUUACUGAUGGGAUGGAACAGAUCCUUAUCCUAAGAGCACCUCAAAGGUGUACUUUUCAUCUCCUCCUAAGUGUAUUUUAUCUUUCUAAUUAAUUAUCGACCAAGACUCACAGCUCGUAUUGAUUUCUCUGUAUUUGUCAUCAACCCUUCGAAGGUCCUGGAUAACAUCCGCAGCGCUGUGCUCCGCUAUGACAUCUGCCAUCCUGUGGUGAACGACAGCGAGGCUCUCCUCUGGCACGAGCUGGAGGUGUCCUGCUGGCCUACGCUUGUCCUGCUGGGCCCAAGCGGUAACCUGCUUUUCUCUCUAGUGGGGGAAGGCCAUCGAGACAAGCUGAUGCUUUUUACUGAGCUGGCGCUUCGUUACUACGGCAAGAAGGGGCAGCUAAAGGGGCACACAGUGGGUAUCAAACUCUACAGAGACUCCCUGCCUCCCAGUGUCCUGUCUUUCCCCGGGAAGGUGGCUGUAGAUGACAGCAGGAAGAGACUGGCCUUAGCUGACACUGGGCAUCACCGAAUACUGGUGGUGACUGUGACUGGACAGCUUGAACACGUCAUAGGAGGUAAGAGAGAAGACACAGAGUGCAGACAGAGAGAGACCGAGGACAUAGAAUGAGCAAAAGAUUACGACAUAUGCAAAUUUCAAUUAUUCAUUUAGUAAAGAAUAAACAAAUGUGAUCUUUUUUCCUUCUAAGCUUUGCCAAUACAAAAGAAAAACAUUUCAGCAACACUAAUAUUUUUAGAUUGCUCACAUGCUUCAGUAACCCUCAGAGGAGCCACAUGGUACUCUGUGUAAUCCAAACAGAGAGGUUGGCAAGAGCAUGCUGGGAACUGGCACUGACCUAAGUGUGGACAUAAUAAGGGGGAAAAAAACUGUUUUCUUAAACUGACCAUUCAUCUCUACAUCAACAUAUGAAGAGAAGUCCUAGCAUGUAUAUUUACAAAACAAACCUUCAGAAUAACAGAUUUAACUGUAAAUCUGAAGACUUAAAUAUGGAGAAAAGUGUUUUGUUUUUAAUUUGACUCAUACAUGAGGUAUUUUUAUGCUCAUAAAACUUUUAUUUUUAUUUCUGUCCCAGGGCCUGAAAGUGGGAAACAAGAUGGGGAUCUCUCUGAAGCUUCCUUCAACUCCCCCCAGGGUGUAGCCAUCAAAGGGGACACUGUAUAUGUGGCUGACACAGAAAACCACCUGAUCAGAAAGGUUGCACCUUGAUCCUUUCAUAACUGCAUUUUGUAGAUUGAAAUCUCUGUCUCCUAAGUUUUAUGUUUGUGUGCGUGAAAUUCAGAUCGACCUGUUGGAGCAGAGAGUCAGCACUCUAGCUGGAGUGGGCUGUCAAGGCACAGACAAAGAGGGCGGGGCCAUGGGACCUGAGCAGCCCAUCAGCUCUCCCUGGGAUGUGACUCUGGGCUCUGCCGGUAAGUACGUCGUCAGACCAGACCGUGAAGGACAACAAAAACAUGCCCUCCUCUUUCCGCUCUGUCUGCCUGUCAUGUCACUGCCUGCCACACAGAAUCAGCCCAUUUCUGCUUUAUUUUCUAUCUGAAUGCUGCCAUACAAUCGAUAAAUACUUAGGGACAGGUCGGUUCCUCUCACUGAAUUAGAUUGACCAGACAUGGACAGAUAAGAGUGACGGAGAAGGAGACAGUGGCCACAUCACUUAAUAUCUGAAUUUUGUGGUAGUGUUUCAGUUUGACCCCAGCCUCAUAUUUUUCCCUACUCUCUCUUUGAGUAAAGGCAUAAAGCACCCCAAAAAACACUCUUUAACAGAAAGCUUUGAUCAUUCGCUGCACUCACGAUAAAAAAAAAAAAAACUGUCUUUUGCAUUUUUCAGUCAUAGCCAUUACAGUCAUUAAUUAGUCAAAUAAUAUUUGUGAACCUAAAUGCAAAAAAAAGAGUGGGUAAAAUGAAACAGACUUAAAUCAAAGAAUAUCAGAAUUGUAAAAUCCAAGAUUUUGGAGCUAUUUUAAGAACUGUGAGAUCUUAUCCUUGUGGUUUUCCCAGGAAGCCUCUUUGGUUAAACCCUGUAAUUCAACCAAAAGAUUUUCGAGGACAAAAAAAUCAAUCAUCUUAGCUUACAAUACUUAUAAACUACAAAAAAAUGCAGAAAAAAAGGCUUUUUAUUCUCUCCUAAAGUAGUCUAAGACCUCUUCUGAAUGCUCUGUCUUUAUUUCUUCACAUUUGGUUGUGUUUCUGUCCUGCUAUUUCUCUUCAACAUUAACUGACUACAUCUGUUAUCAAAGGAAAAUCUUUUUUUUUUUUGGACUCUCAGAAAUUUUGAAUGCCACAUUUUGCUAACAGACUUCACUACCUGCAGUCAUUUCGACUCAAAAUAAGCACAGUGGAGUCUGAGUGGAUGUCAGUUUUUAACACGUCAGAUAUGAGCUGCUUUGGCCUUGUUAAUGUUUUGUAAAUUAGAAUAUGGGAUUUAAAUAUGUCUCUAGAAUCUGUUUUAAUUACCUCUGAUUUCUUGCUCGGCAGCAUAAUAAUAAUAGAUGAUUAGUCAUGCUUUAUAUCUGUUAAAAGCGAUGUCAAAUUAAGUUUCAGGCAGACACGCAAACUCAGUCGAACAUUUAUGUUAAAAAAGGGUGUCGUCUGUUUUUCUUAAUACUUGUUCGCCUCACGUUGACAUUGUUUACAGAGAGGCAUGUAAGUGCUCCCUCCAGCCUGGGGUGCUGUUAAAGCCGUCAGCCUUAUUUAAAGUCAAAUCCAAGUGCGUGUGGGUCUGUCGUUGUGUCGUUGUGUACUCGCAUAAAUCAAACAAAAGAUGAAAGGGUUGUUAUUUGUUCUGCCUGUGGCCACAACUUUCCUCAUCAACAGUCUGUUUAUGUUUCAAAGUUAUGCUGAUUGAUUCGUUCAUCACAAUUUUGAGCAUUAAUUUUACAAACGGCAGUGCUCUGAGAGUAUUUUACAAACGCUGGGAUUGAAUGUUAAAGGUAAUCAGUCUCUGUCAGAUUUUCAGCCCAGGUUAAUGGACCCAGCUGGCUGGUUUGCACAUCGCCUCAUGUUUUGAGAAUAUGGUAUCAGACCUUUAACUCCUCUGACAUUGUCCUCCAAGAGCCCAUCCUCUCAUUUGCAUAUUCAUGAUGUUAUUCUUCACGAUGUGUAUAAACAACCAAAGGUGCCAAAUCAAGAGGACUGAACUCCUUUUGAACUGUAAAGUGCUGCGCUGACAUUGACAUUGAGUCACCACAGAGCUGUCAGCUGACACUCUUCCAGAUGUGACAAAGUGAGGCCAAGCUCUGUGCUGCAUUAAAAAUACAACUGAGACGGUGUAUGUCCACGAGGGCUGUGUUUUCAUCACCAGGACAGUGUUGUCUCGGCAGAGUGCAUCUGAGGUGCCAUAUGGCCUUUUAUCAGAGGAGCUGCUGUCACUUGAAUCCGCAGAGCCACAUUUCCGAUGCUGAGACCUCAGCAAACAAAACUUUGAGAGCUGUUUGAUCAGCAAAGACAUAUGUGUAAAAUUGAAGGUGGGGUAGACAUGAUCUGAGGUAGUGCUAGUUUUAGGGAGAAAUCUUGAAUGUAAACACUACCCCUCCCAACCAGUUUUCCCCUCAGCUCCUCCUCUCCCCUCCCUCUCCAGCAAGCCCCGCCCACAAACAGACACUCCAGCUCGCUCUUAUCGUUCCAAUUUAAUUCAGACAUAAUGCAGAAAAAUACUUCAGAUAAUUACAAAUGGGGCCCAGUCAAUGUGAAAGUGAAAAGCAUUGGUGCUUCUGUAGAUGCCAACAGACUACCAGCAAACACAAUGUUUGCAGGACUUCUACAACUAGCAUAAAGUGACACAGUCCAGGACCCGAGGUAAACAGUUUAGCGGUGCUACAACAUGCAGCAGGUCCCGUUUGACAAGAAACACUUCUGUGACAGACACCUGGCUUACUUUGUUAAAGCGGUUUACCUGUCCAGCAGAAAGGUUACAGGGUCCGUAAGACCCCGAAGCGGUCCCCAUCUUUUAUGCUGAUGUUGACCCGGCUUUUUAGCUCUUGUCUGGUCUCCCUCGGUUUUAAGCGCCCGUUAUUCCGCCAGAGUCUUCGGUAUUAACUUUGUUUUAUUGCUAGUGUUGGCAGUCGUGGCCAAAGGAGGAUUCAGACAUUUUUCUGUGCUUUCUGGUUGGUUUCUAUUGUCCGAUAUUGUAGCACGCUAAUUUUUAUUGUGCUCAUAAACAUUAUUGAAGGACGUUGAGCGUGCUUCACAACACGGGGAAGCAGCGUCUGCCUCACAACCAAUCAGGUUUGGGGAGGCGGAGAAUGGCUUUGUUUACGGUCAGAAUGAGCGGACCGCUCAAAAAUGUUAAAAUGUUGACUACACAGACAUAACAAAACACAGUGAUAUCAUUAUAUUCCCAUAUGUCAUCAAUAACUAAUAGCUGUUGGCUGAUAUUAAAAGCUUUGUGUUUCUACACCACAAAAAAAGAUGCUUCUUUAACAGAAUGCUGCCUACCCCACAUUAUAUAGAUUGAUUUUUUUGAGUAAGGAUUUCAACUCUCUGUUAAUCAAGAUUUUAAACUGAACAGAUUGCCCAAAACAUGGAGAAUGAAGCCUGAUAUGAUGCUCACCAUUCUGAAGAUGCUAACUCCACUCCGUGACGCUGAGGCAGACAUGAAGCAACAAUUUGCCGCCUUCCAAUCUCUUUAGCCACGCCUCCUUUUAAUUCAUCACUCUUAACCUCAACUCUACAUUUUACAGAAGUUCAUCCCCAGAUAGUUUUUUUUUUAAACUUUAUUUUUAUUUAACAAAAACAAAAAUGAUAGAGUUUACUUGUGAAGUCAGCUUUACUGGAAAACAGACAUAGAAAAACUAUUCAAUUACACCCCAUUCCAGCUCUAACUCUACCUUGUGGAGUGUGAGGCAUUCAUGAGUGCAUGGUUAUCAGAGCGCCAUUCUCAACCAGAACAAUGAUUAAAGAAACAAGCAGCAACACAGUGUAUACAGAAAUAAUAAAAAUACGAAAUGGAGCACAAAGAUAAUAUGAGCUGAGAAGCACAUAUAUGUAAAUCACCAUGACCAAAUAUUUGACUGAAGGAUAAAUAAGAGUUUUUUUUUUUUAAAGGUUGAUGUGUAACAACCUGGCGCUCCUUCAUGUAAAGGAAUUUAUUUCAUUUUCUUGUCUUCAUCGAUAAAACUCACCAUGCUUUACUAUCAGCACAAAUAUUAGUCCUGCAUGUCAAUGGCAUUGACAGUGACAGCCUGAAUAAGUGAUGCAGGGUUUUUCUGCUUCUCCACUGAUACUGGAGUGUUUGUGUCUGAAUGUGUUUGUUUGUUUGUUUCAUUUGUAUGCAUAGGCGGUGAGGAAGAUAACGUGCUGUGGAUAGCCAUGGCAGGGACCCACCAGAUCUGGGCUUUGUUCCUAGCAGAUGGGAAGCUGCCCAAAGGAAGGUGAGAGACUGGGACGUGACCACAGAGGCCACUCAGCAGCAGUAUCAUUUCAAGACCACUAAUAAGUCAUCUCUUAAUUACAAAGAAUUGAGGCAAGCAAAAACACUGUUUAACUCUUCACAUAGCAAGCCGUUUCCCCUGAAGUCAAUGAGAAAAACCAUGUAAUAAUUUGUCAGGGACCAAAGCCAGCUUUGAGCUUCAGCCAGGACUUCCUUUUUUUUGGGCACUGUGUUGUUUUGUUGUUUUGUCAGAGCCAAAGCAAAAUUAGCCCCUCCAGUUGUGUCUCGGAUUACUUCUGCAGUAUAAAACUGAAAAAGAAACCAUAAAAAGACAACGAUCCUUAAGUGAUCAUGCUCAAUUAAAAGGCCUUAAGUUUGCCAGAAUAACAAAAUCAUGACGCAGAUUUCUAAAAAACUUUCAAACUAACUUUGUGAGGUCUUUCCUAAGGGGAAGAAAAAACCUUUAAAUGCUACCCCUCCCUGUCAUGAAAGGUAAUUAACGCCGUUUUGAUUAAACAAAAAAAGUCCCAUUUGAUUCUUUUUAAACUAUUCAGCACUGUUUUUGAGAACAGCAUAUCCAGGGGUACUUAAAAAGUCUUACAAUGUCUAAAAUUCUCUUGAAAUCUCAUAAUAUGUCUUAAAUAUGAUAACUUACAAAGUAAAUUACAAAUAAAAAACUGAUUUGAAGUUAAGUAAAAUUUUCCGAUUUCUCUUUAUGUCUUUUGAACUUUUUGGCUAGUAUGGAUGCAAAAUGGGUCUUAAAUCGUAUUCAUUACGAUCUUUAAAAAAAGUCUUCAAUUUGACUUGUUGAAACCUGUAGAGACCCUGUCACUAUUUCUAAAUGAUCUUCUAUCCUAAACCAGUGAGUCUAAGGCUGGAACCUGCAUACGAUGGGCUGGCAGCGGCAGUGAGGAGAACAGGAACAACUCUUACCCCCAUAAGGCAGGUUUCGCUCAGCCUUCAGGUCUGGCUUUAGCCCCAGAGGAGCCAUGGAGCUGCCUGUAUGUGGCAGAUAGUGAAAGCAGCACCAUCCGCACGCUGGCACUGAAGGACGGAGCCGUCAAGCUGCUGGUCGGAGGAGAGAGAGACCCAAUGGUGAGUGUGCAAGAGUGAAUGAUUAGAUGGAGGAUGAAUUGAUUUCCCACGUUUUUCUCGAAUUCUGAAAAAUAUGAAAUGAUUGUUGAAGCUGAUAUUAAAGAGAGCGUAAUGAACAGGUAUAGUAAACGGCUACAGGGCUGCACUUAUUUGACGUUAUUAUAAUGACAGGGUUUAUAGCAGUUGUUUUAAUGGCCGUGUUUCACCAGUCAGCAGCAUCAAAGCACCCAGUGUAUCCCAAAUAGCUUUAAUAAAGUUCUCCUCUUUAAUUGAGCCAUAAGGUCCAUAAAUUCUCUUAAAUCUGGUUAGAACUGGAUUUUUCCAGACCAUUUGGUUAUUUCUGUAAAAGGGGGAAUUCUUAUCUAAUAAUACUGAAGACUCUGAAUCAAACAGAAGCUGCAACAGAAGGCUGAAGAAAUUGUCAAGUCUAUUCCUAAAGCAGACUGCAAAAACUAAACCGCUAACCUCUAAAAUAAAUAACCUGUAAUGAAUAACCUCUAAUGUAGAACCUUCAAUGAUAAUACAUCCUGUUCCUGGUCCAGCUAGCACUAUCCAUCAACAGCCAAUGCCCACUGUGAAACCUGCAUAUUUGUCUCACACAUAUGCGUGCAAAGAAAACACUAAAACAGAAGAGAAAUGUUGCAUGAAGCUUUAGGUAACUCCUUUGUAAUCAGAGGAUUUGAAGGCCUAAUUCCUCUCGUAUAGAAAGAAUUGAUCAAAUGAACAGCUGUAAAUAAACACAGAAACAGUUUCUGAUUUUGAUUUCAUGUGUUUACAGACUUUUCCUCACUUUUCAUAGGCAUGGUAGUUUUUCAGGGUAAGAGGAUAGUCACCUUCUUAAUAACUUUGGGAAGUUAUUUAAGGGUUACUAACCGUCGUCUCUUUGGGAAAGAGACGACGGUUAUUUAACCGAGACAAUGAAACAUCCAAUCAUAAACAGGCUCAAGACUGAAGCGGUAAAUGUGCAGCUGAGGUGAAAUGUUUUUCACUGUACUUGGCAAAACAUUCCCUUCAUGAUUCAACUUUUUGUGAGUCUUUUCUGGGUCUGAGGAUUUGCUCACAGAAACAGAUCUGCGAGGACAACUUCUUUCGUCAUAUGUGGCAUUGGGCUACAGUCAAUAUAGUGUUUAAAACGUCCAAAGAAACAUCAGGACAUUUUGGGUCUACUCGCUCUAUUCAUCACAUGGUCUGUAUAAGGCAGGACUGUUACACCUCAUGAAUGGUCGACUGAUAUCAGUUUUACAACAGCUGAUACCAAUCCCGAAAAUUAAUAAGCAGAUCAGUCAACAGCCAACACAUAAAGCUAAUAUCAAGUUGUUGGUUUUUUAUUUUAAUUUAUUUUUAUUCAUUUAUUCUUUGCAAUUGUUAAAAUGGAAUUACUUGAUUAUAAUAACUGCUAAGGCUGGGUGAUAUGGCCCCAAAUCAAUAUCACGAUAUAUUGAGUAGUACAUCUCAAUAACGAUAAAUGGAACGAUUACUACUCCACAAGCUGCUCACCCCCUCCCACAUUAACUUUGUCUACUUUAGCCUCCACUCCAGCCGCUACAACUUUUGAACCAUCCUCCAUCUCCUCACCUGUCUUUCCCUCCUUGUUACUGACUGGAUGGGGUGGAGUCACAUCUCUGACGCAGGACAGUGUCUUAAAGGGACAUGAGACCAUAGCCUACCGACACACAUCCAAAACCAACUUUUAUUUAUUUUUGACACCAAAUAUAUUGACACGGGUGAGAUGACAACAGUUAUUAUCGUAAAUUUCGGUACUGGAAAAUUUUCGGUUUAUCACCCAGCCCUAAUAACUGCCAGUAUUUCAUGCACAUUUAAUACUAUUGUACUAUUGUACAUGGUUAUGUUAGCCAGAAACAUGUUUCAGUGGAUUUAGAAUAAGUUCAUGGCACAUUGAUGUCAGAGGCAAAAUUUAACUCCAUUAUUCCAUUCAUAAUAACAGAAACAAUUUAAACUGGAUCAGCUUUGAUUUGGGAUAGAAAUAAUGUGUCAUCAUUUGAAAUGAACUGACUUUGACUUAGCGAUUAACUAAAGUGAAAAGACUUGAAACAGUGGAAACUGGUAAUAUGUUUGUUUUGUGAAUAAUUCAUAAUAACCAUGUUUUUGUGCAACAAGUUAAAGCUGUUUCUUGGCAUGCUGUGGUGUCUUUCUAGAGUUUCAAGGAAACCAACACAAGCUUUGCAAAUAGAUUUUGCUCUCCAGCCUUACAGUGAUCUCUACCAGCGAUAGCAGUGUGAAUGAAAGUGCUUCAGAGGUGUACAGGGAGGAAGAUUUUGAGUACUGGAAGUAAGCCAUGCCAGCUUUAUGCAAUGCCAAGCUAACCGUCUGCUGGAGGGUAUGAAGGGUGUUAUAAUUUAUCUGAUACUCAACAUUGAACCUUAAACUGAACUUGUUACAACCCCAGCUUCUAAUAUGCUUGCAGAUUUCUCAACGGAAGCUUAAAGUAAAUCAAUCAGGAAAAGUGUUUAUUUAUUUAUUUGUUUUUCUGGGUACUUCCUUACCAGGCGGCUCUGUCCCAGCCUGAAAAAGACAUCACACUCUGUAGUGAAGGCGAACAUGUGAGUUCCAGUGAACCCAACGGCGAUUUGAGGAACUAAACAGAUUUUUCCAAAAAAGCUGUUUAUUUUUGUUUGGCUGCCACUCUCGCAUGAACUCCUCAGUGACAGAAAACCAUGUGAUAUCUUACACAGUUGUUAUGUAAUCGUUGAAAAAACUAAGAGACUAUCUAUUCCGGAUGUUUUCAGCGUUUCUGAAAAUGAAUGUUGAUUUGAUUUUGUCGGCCUGAAACAAAGCUUUGUUUUCUUUUUGCCAUUUUCAGAAAAACCAUGACCUCAAAAAAAAAAAUUGUUCCUCUCUAUUUCAACGACCUUCUUCAACAGUGUUGUUGAGCUUUUCAUCAAAACUUUUCAAGAAUGACUCAUCCAACUAUUUUUGGCACAGAAGAUAAUGAGAUUGAAGAGAUGCUUGUGUUUUGGGUUUGUCCUCUCAAAAAUGUGGUAUUUUCAUAUUUCUUUUGCUUUGUUGAGUUUUCUUGAUUUUUUACUCAAUAGCUUAGUGUCUUUGAGAAGUUUUGAACAGCACUAUUACUUUAAUGAGAAGUGAUUAUUUUCAGUACAUGAGGGAAGCUUUCCUCUUUUUUUUUUUUUUGUCUUUUUGAUGCCUUAAAAGCCUCCCUUUCUUUUCCUUCCAGAAACAGAACUCAACCAGCGGCACUUUUUAAAUUUAGACUGGAUUUCAUGUUCUUCGAAUUUUGCUAAUGUUAGGAAAAAAUGUCACAAGUUGUAGUUUGAGCCUUCGUACUUUCUUUGUGUCUGUAUCUUAUCUCUCUUGACCACUUCUUUCGUUGAAACCAGAACCUUUUUGCUUUCGGGGAUGUAGACGACAAAGGGGUCGGCGCCAAGCUGCAGCAUCCUCUUGGUGUUGCCUGGUCUCCCGAACAAAGCCUGCUCUAUGUGGCCGAUUCCUACAACCACAAGGUAAGUGUUGCAUGUCACAAGGCCUCAGUUUAGAACAGUAAUGGGCUUUGCUCCUGUUAUCAUAGAGGCUACAUGCAGCUUGUAUCUUUUGAUCUAAAAGCACACAGACAUUGUACGGAACAUGAACUCUUUUUUUUUUUUUUAUCAGAUCAAGGUGGUUGAUCCAAAGACGAAGCAGUGUAGCACAUUAGCAGGGACUGGAGAGGCUGGAGACACUCUUGGCCAUGAAUUCAACAAAUCCUGCUUCAAUGAACCCGGGGGACUCUGUGUUGGCGACAGUGGGAAGCUUCUUUAUGUGGCUGAUACCAACAAUCACCAAAUCAAAGUGCUGGACCUGACCUCCAAGACUGUCUCUCUGGUCAGACCUGUGUGUGUGCGUGUGUGUGUGUGCGUGUGCGUGUGUGUGUGUGUGCAUUAGAAAAGCUCAUUUCCACAUAUGAGGGCGCACUAAAGAUUUUAUUCCUCUGUAUGUGAUUUACUCUCCUAAAAGCUUUUGCGCUUCAAGCUUCUGGUUACAAAUAAAAGACAUUUAAAGUGCUUCCUCUUUGACCCCUCCAACCCAAACGUAUAUAUAUCUCUCUCUCUCUCUGUCCAGUUCCCCAUCUCCAUGGACUGCACAGACUCAGUACCUUCAAAGCCUUCAGGUCCCACCAAAGCUGCCAAGCUACCCAAAUCAGCUCCCAGGAAAGAAAUGGCACCAGUGACUGUGUGUGCGGGCCAAACUCUUGUCAUGUCGCUCACACUAUCUCUUCCAAAGGAGACCAAGCUCACAGAAGAGGCCCCCAGCUGCUGGACCCUGUCCGCAGAGGGUGAGACAAAAACACCCACACUGUUACAAAAGGCACAGAUCAAAAUGUUAAAUUCAGAUUUUCACAUAAAUUUAUUUUUAGAUGCACAUGGAGGUCUGUUAUUUAGUCUCAUCUGUGGCUUGCACUGAUUUUAACAUCCAAAUUCAAAGACUGUUUAUUAUGAUAUUGACUCGACAAAAAAGGCAUCUCCUUCACGCCUCAUGUUGAAAGUGAGGCUGAGUCUAUCAGAGGUAAAGACGAGGAGAAUUUCACUACUCGAUGAAGGACCAAGACUGUGUGAGGAAAUAGUUCAGCAAUUUCAGAAUAAUCUCUGUUUUCAGCGUAAAAUUGCAAAGAAUUUGGGGAAUGUCAUCAUCUUCAGUCCAUAAUAUUGUCAUGGAGAUUCAGAUUCAGAAAAUUUGUGGGUUAUGCUUUACAAAAGAGGCAAGCUCAUGAUCUGCAUUAAAAACAGACAUGACUCUACGGUGGGAAUCACUGCAUAGGCGCAAAAACACUUCUAAAAUCGUUGUCUUUGAAUACAGUUGAUUAAAACUGUACUGUGCAAAGAGGGAAACAAACAUAGAUAUUAUCAGGAAACACUGGUGACUUCUCUAGGCUUAAGCUCAUCUGAAAUGGACUGAAGCUCAGUGGGAAACUGUCCUGAUGAAUCAAUAUUUGACCUUAUUUAUGGAGAUCUGGAGGCUUUGUCCGUCCCUUUCCAGAGGAGAUUACCCAGUCAAGGAGUGGCCACAGCAUGGAUAGCGUACACAUCUGGCUAAUCCUGAACAAGUAAACAGAUUUUUAAGCAAGACCUUGCAUAUUUAUGCAAAACAAUGCCAAUCUGCAUUGGCUCCGUAGUAGACGAGUCCAGAUGUCCAGAUAUCUCAUCCAUCGAAAACAUUUGCUGCAUCAUGAAACAAAAAAAUUCUGAUUAGCAGAAAUCCUUUAUCAGGCAGAAUGGGACAACAUUUCACUCCAGGAACUGGUGUCCUCGGGCUCCCAAACAUUUGCAGAGUGUUGUUAAAGGGAGAACUGAUUCAACAGUGUAGUUAACAUGCUCCUGUCCCAUCUUUUUUGAAACAUGCAUUGAAUCUGAAAUAAGCAUAUCUAAAACACAAACACACACAUGCAGAUGUUUGGACUUUAGGGUUAAAGAACAUGAAAAUAGACUUUGUGUGGAAAGGUUGCUUUUGCUUCAGCCGUAUACCCUCUGUAACUGAUUUGGUCUAUAAUCAGAAAUGAUAAAAGGGGAUUUUGCUGAAGCUUCAUUCUCUGCACAACAAGCAGACUCUCUCUGUCACAGCAUCAGUUUAUCAUUCUCAGCAUGACUAGCUGAGCUCAGAGAGGGACAGUGAGUUUUUGGAGUUGACAAUAAAAGAUACGAUUCAAACAGCUCUGAGGCUUUGUUCGCUGUUAUUAAACGGGGAACCGACAAAGUCUGACCCAUGGCUUGAGUGUGAAGUGACUGGAGAUAUCAUGCGGUGUGUGGCCCAUUCAUUAGGUUUGGAACCGAAGUGUUUCCGUCAUUCAGAGCGAUGCUGCAUGCAGUCAGUGGAUAUCAGUCGGCUAUUUUUAGAACAUUUUGAUAAGACGACAUGCCUUGGUUCACAUAAUUAGCUAACAGGCUAUGUUACGUGAUCCGCCGCUGUCCGAUUAUACUCAGUCUAGACUAAUGCUGAUCACAUCAGAGCACAGGCAGGAAUUUUAAUGGAUCAAGUUUAAACAGAACAAAAUAUCUAAAUUGUUUUUUAGUUGUUUUGUUUUUUUAAAUAGCGUUCCUGGGACUUCAUGUUAAGCAUCAGCUCCAUUAAUCACUGCUGGCACAGAUUUGACACUCUCUCUGGCACAGAGUUUUCUCUCACAGUUGAAGUCAGAGGCUGUCUUUCACGACUUUCAUUCAUCUUUCAGCGGUCCAAACUCUUCAAAUGCGUGUCUGUUUCUAAAAAUAUCCCUGUGUUUCAGCACAGUCAUGUCCUCAUUCUCUCUCUAUUUGAUUCAGGAGGUUGUUUGGGUUUCUGGCUAACGUUGUAGAGGACUCCAUUUGGAACUGCUCAGACUUAAGAUGGAACGCAGGAAGCACCUUGUUGCACUCAAUUUCCAAAAUUAGAUGUCAAAGAGACAUUUUCGUACAAACACAGGGCAUCUCUGCUCUUUCAGAACAAAGCCCAAUGUGCUCUUGUUUUUAGCAAUGCAAGGAGUGUGUGUCAGGGGAUGGCAAGGUCAGUCGGUCUGCCCCCCAACCGCUAUUGGACAGAUUGCCGCGAUAUCUUGUUCAGACAGCCACUGUUCUUGGAGGAUAAAUCUCAGGGAUGUUAUUGAUUAGAAAACAUGUUGUCCAGCUUUAGGAGGGCAGGACAUUUUUAUAGUUCUGAGCGACAUAUUUUGUUUGAUGAAUUGCCAUGACAUUUUCUAGUGACCUAGAGCACAAUCAUCAGGUCACAUCUUACCUUUGUCUAGGCUGACCAUAUUCUGACUUCCUCUUUAACGCAGGGGCGGAGUCACGGAGUCGCAAAAAGUUAAUUUUGAGAGUUUUUGGGUUGGCUCGAGUGUCUUUCAGGCGCUUUUAACUCAGUAACUUGUGUCAGUCACAUGACACAAACUAGAAACAAACAUGUACAAAACCGCGAACAUUGGAAGGAUUUUAUGAACUUUCCCGGACAAACCCGGACAGCCCCCCAUAAAGAAGACAUGUUAGUGUGAAAGAGGACGUAUGGUCACCUCUUAUUUUCAACCAAACUUAUCAAGGCUGGAAAUAUCAGAACAAAUCAUCUAAUCCUGAAAUUAUUGAGGUGAAAUCUCUGAAUCUCCUCCUCUAUCAAUAAUAAACAGAAUCAACAGUGGUUCAAGCCUUUUUAGUCUUUAUAGCACACAAAAAAACACCUGAAGUCGACCCACAGUUCUAAAUGAAUCAUGUCUCUCUGCCUAUUAACUGUUAAUUAUUGGCAUUACUUUUUUUGUUUGUUUGAAUUAAAUUUAAAACUGUUUGAUUAAAAUAAUAAUGAAUAAAAGCUUUAACUUUCUCUGAAUUUGAUUUUCUGGAAUGUCGCUAUCUCUUCAUUUUCUGACUUUACUGCGGAAUAGGAGCCAGUGCGGUAAGAUGGAUCACAGACAACUUGAGCAAGAGCGAACAGACUUUGUAGAUUGGAAUUAAUUUGUGGUUCUUUAUGGAUAUGAUGUGUUUAGAUUAAAUCUUUGACUGGACUUAGAUCUCGAUUUUCGGAGACCCUCCGUGACACAGCAGGAGGGGGCUGUCAGACAUUCAACAGUUUUUACCGUUAGUGUUCAUUUUUGUUAGCGAGGUUAGCAACACAUGAUAUAAGACAAAGAGAUCAUAUAUAGUGAGUGAGUUAUUAUGGUAGAUUGUUACUCUGACAUGGUGAGCAGGGCUCAGAUGCAUAGAGAUUCGCGUGUUGUAACAACCUGCUCACCAUACAUUAACUCACUGACUGCCUUUUGAUGACAGUUUUUUUUCCCUGUUUUCACAGGUAACGAUUGGCUGCUGGGAGGCGAGGAGGUCACUGGUGACAUCUUGGACCUGUCAAAGCCCCUCACCAUCUCAACCAAACUUCCAGCUGAUAUAAAGGACUCAAACAGCAACCCAAGCCUCACUCUGAGUGUGUGGGUGUACUACUGUAUGGAAACAAGCAACACCUGUAUGAUGAAAGCUGCCUCCUUCACCCAGCCUCUUCAAAUAAGUGUCGACCACAUAGAUGGAGACAUGACUGUGGUGUUUGCUCAUGCUUUCUAAAGGCCACUGACAGUUCAAGUCACAGUACCCACUCUAAACCAUCAGUUGUACUUUCUGCUAAUUCCACCUCCUGUUUUUUAAGUCAUCAGUAAGCAGAGAGCACAGGUUGUUUCUGACCGUCACUUCUGACAAAAACGCAGUUCAUACAAAUUGGAUUUUCAGGGGAAUUUAAUUUCCGACUACUCAGAGGCCUUUACCUCGAAAACAUAAUGCAUCACUACGGUUAUUCAUAAAGAAACAAAUGGGUGCUUCCCCAAGGAUACUCGAAACACUGCUCAGAACAACCACAGACAAAAAUUUCUGUAGGAAAGUGUGAAUUAAAUUUGAGGAAAAACAAGUGGUUUUUAUUUUUUAAGAGACAGUGAUUCAAGAAGUUGCCUUGUGUAUUUCACACCGUGACGGGACUAAGAAAAUACAGACAAAAGAUUUUUUCAAUCUGUUUAAAAAAAGAGUAUUUAAUCUACAACUUCAAAAAAGUAAUUUCCAAAAACAUGAGUUCUAGGGAGUGUUGCUCUGCUGCGCUUCACAAAAGCAUUGCUGUUAAGUGCUUGAAUAGAGCUAUGGACAGUUUUACACAACAAAAAAAGAGGGCCAGAAAUCAGGAGUCUCCCUACAGAAGAGACCUGUAGCCAGGGGUUUGACAUGGUAGCCUUGUUUUUAACUUCAGCUGUCUUUAACAUUGUAUACUAACACCAAUAACUGACUAUGAUUAAAAACUUCACGUUACUCAUAGCUGUGUAUGAGACAAUGUUAACCAGCUGUGUUUACAGAUUUACCAACAGCUUUAUGCUAACAUCUGCAAACUUGAUAGAAGUUUUGAAUAUAACUGAAACUUGAAUAAUCUCUUCUUAACUUACCCAUCACAUGGAUAUCAAAAACUCUAAAGAGGAUCCUUUUAGACUCAGGUCUGUUCAAUACAAUAAAGAACACAAAGCUAAGAUGUUGAAAAGCUUUGACCGGGAAAUAGUUAAUUUUUCAUUUUCUUUCUCCUUGAAAUUUGGACAUUGCUCACCACAUUUGACUUUCUUUCUCAAAGUGUGUGAUGAAAAACAAUUGUCCUCCUUUUUCUCAUCCCUGACCCUCAGAACUCUACCAUAAAUCUCAAUCCAGAGACAGAUAAAGAAAGCAGAAGAAGACUGGUGAAACAUAGAGGUCAUCUCUUUAGAGACUCAUGUUUGUCAUAUCAUUUGCAAAUACAGAAGUCUAGCGUCAGGGUAUACAAUUUUACAAUUCUUUUUUUUUUUUAUUUCCAUAUACUGCUGUGGUUUCUUUAGUGUAUAGUUUGGAUGGUGCCUUCAGGUGCACUAGUUCUUGCUUCGGUUAAUAUAUUUGUGCACUUUUUUAAGGUUUCACCCAUAGCUUUAUGUGUCUUCACCCUCCCUGUAUGGCUUAUUUUACUUUUGUCUUGCAUUAUUUAUGCCACAAAGAGCCUUUUUGUUUCAGUUCAUGAAAUAUUGUUCUCAUCUCAGUAAUGAAUAAAGUGCCUGUUCUCCUUUAGUGGUAGCGACCUCCUGCAAAUUGAUUACACAGACUGCUCACUGUGAGAGAUAUUGCAUUAAGGAAGUCUUAUUUAAAAGCUCUCUUUGCAGAAUUGAAACACUUCAUCUGCAGAUGAGGAGAUGCUCUGUUGAUGUAAUAUGUUUGAAAAUUUGUUCUGGAUGUUGUCAUUUUAGUUUUCAGAGUUAUGAGCUGUCGUCAGAAAUGAGCCUGAGAGUAAUUUGAUUAUCAUCGCUGUCAACAUGUCUCACAUCAUAACUGUUCUUUUAGACUGUUUGUAUGUGGUUUGGCACACUCAGACUGAAUGCCUUGUGAGGAGGUGCUACUGUACGGAUGGAGAAAAACUGAUGAUGUAUCAAAGCAAUAAUAGUUUGGUUAUGGGAAAGGUGUUUUAUUCCCACAGGUUAUUUAUUUCAAAUGAACUGCAGAUAAGUUGCUCGCAGGAUUUCUCAUCAUUCUGCUAUUUUUGAACCAGAAUGAGUUUGGGUUGCUUCCUCUGGACAUAAAGUUCUUAAUAUUUUUUUCAUUUAUUCAGUUCUCAUCUGGUUUCCUCUUGCUGCACCACCUUUUGGGGCAUGAUUUGUUCCUCUCUGGGACUCUGUGUGUUACUACUCCUCAAUUCUGCACUUUAAAAUGCAAAAUAAACAUUUUUAUGGUCUA